UCCUUUCCACUUUCAUUACAGAUUAUUGACCCCACUCAGAUCCUAACGAGCCACUUGGACAAAUUGGUUUGGCCCCGGGCCUGCUGGCGUGCCGACUGUCUUAUUCUACCAAUUAGAUUAACUAAUGAUAAUCUCACCGAUUCGUCAACUGAACCUUCUAGCUUGACUGAACAGCUGCGAUUACUGACAGGCCUGAGAGGUCAUCUUAUACACCGGUGGACUCCUAACCACCCGGUUUUGUCCAAUCGCUCAUUUUGUCAUCGCUGCAUUAGUUUGCUGCGCGUGCGAGUCGCGACUGAUGGGGCGGAGUGGGAGGAGAGUCAACGAUAUAACAUAGCAGAAGUGAAGUUUAUUUUAAGGGAAAAGCAGCUACAAGGAAAUGAAGAGGAAGCAAAAAGUGAGAGUAGAGAGAAUACCAAGAUUGAAACCAAAUUACAAAGGUGUAAAGCGCAUGAAAAGGAAGAUUGCAGUGAAGAUCGAAUAACAAAAGCAGAUUAUCAGUCCAUGAUAUGGGCUAAGGAUUGUUCUGAAAGGCAUCUUGGAUCUGACUUAACUUGCCAAGAUGUUGAUACGAGAAUGGUGACUCGGCGUAGCAUCGAAUUGAGCGCCGAUAGCCUGUUAGUUCGAGCUCAUUUGUGGGCACGUCUGAAUAGCCAUCUUUUAGCUGUAUGGGAGGACUGUGGAUUGCGGCCCCUCUUUUAA